CACACACACACACACACACACACACACGAACACACACACACGUUGUUAUUGCAUGGAGCGCACCUGGGAAAGAGAGGCGUCCCACAGGUAAAGAUUUGGUUCCAGAAUCGGAGGGCGCGUGAAAGGCGAGACCGCGAGGCCAGGGCGAAGGGUCUCCUUCCCCCAGCCUCCACCUCCUCCUCCUCCUCCUCACCCUCUCCCUCGUCGUCAACAUCGUCCUCGUCGCCGUGUACAGGCGGGCCGGUGCCACCCUCCGCCCUGGCACUCUACCAGUUUACUGCCGCUCUGGGCCCCGGUUCCGUCUCCGCCUUCACGCCCGUCAUGCCCCGCCCCUUAGGAGAAGCUCCGCCCCCGCCCCUCCCAGUCCCCGCCCCUGAGCCGCCUGGCCUGGAUGAGGGACUCGGUGAUCCCCCUCUCACGUCCCGCCGCUUGCAGGAUCUCGAAUCGCCUCCAUCGGACACCGGCGGGGCGUCCUUCCUCGGAGACGGGGCAGCGGGUUCUCCACAGCCUCGCCUCCUCUCUGAUCUCCCGCCCUCCACUCGCAGUGAGGGCGUAUCCCCAUCCGGCCUGACGCGCCCCUGUCAAGCUGCAUCGCACUUUCUCCCCUCGCAACAGCUGUCUCACACCGUGGCCUCCCCCAUUUCCCCCUGAGGCCCCGCCAAAGGCACAAGCGCCACAGUCCUCUGGGUGGAUGAUCUUCGUGUUCCCCUCCUCACAGUCUCGCCGAUGCUUCCUCGCCCCACCGGUGCCUGAGGUGGGCGCCGCAAUGCUGUCAGUGUCAGGUGUGCCAGUGGGGCCGCGCUCCCUGCUGAACGCCACGUCUCACAAUAAACCAUUGGAAACUG